AUGACGAUGAUGAUGAUGAUGAUGAUGGCCCAACAAAACGGCGACCAAAGCGCCAACAGCAUUCGCAAUCGCAGCAAACUGUAUCGCAGCGAAAACUUCAAGUUCCACAAUAUCAGCAGUUGGAUGCCGAGAGUGGGACGACGGGUAGAGCGACAGCGACAGCGACAAUUAGAGACCAUUAGCCAGAGGCAGACCAAUCAAUCCAUAUUCAGACAGAAGCUGGCGCAUUUUCAAUUUGCAGGCACGGGCGUGGGCGUGGCCAAUGGAGGCGGACGAUUGCAGAUGUUGCUGUUGCUAUUGAUUUGCAAUUGCAUUGUGGGCGCCUUCGAGCCGGACUUUGUGAUCCCAUUGGAAAAUGUGACCGUUGCCCAGGGCCGGGACGCGACAUUUACCUGUGUGGUCAACAAUUUGGGCGGUCAUCGGGUCGCUUGGAUUAAGGCCGAUGCAAAAGCAAUUCUGGCCAUACACGAGCACGUGAUAACGAACAAUGAUCGUUUAUCGGUGACGCACAACGAUUACAAUACCUGGACCCUGAACAUACGCGGCGUUAAGAUGGAGGAUGCCGGCAAAUACAUGUGCCAGGUCAACACAGAUCCCAUGAAAAUGCAAACAGCCACACUGGAGGUUGUUAUACCGCCGGACAUAAUAAACGAGGAGACUUCCGGCGAUAUGAUGGUGCCCGAGGGCGGCUCCGCCAAGCUAGUUUGUCGCGCCCGCGGCCAUCCCAAGCCGAAGAUCACCUGGCGGCGCGAGGACGGGCGCGAGAUAAUAGCACGCAAUGGCGUGCAUCAGAAAACCAAAGCCAUCUUGGUGGAGGGCGAAAUGCUGACGCUGUCGAAAGUCACGCGAUCCGAAAUGGGCGCCUACAUGUGCAUCGCCUCCAACGGGGUGCCUCCCACUGUCAGCAAACGCAUGAAGCUACAGGUGCACUUUCAUCCGCUGGUGCAAGUGCCAAAUCAAUUGGUUGGCGCUCCGGUUCUAACGGAUGUCACAUUAAUUUGCAACGUGGAGGCAUCACCAAAGGCCAUCAAUUACUGGCAGCGCGAGAAUGGUGAAAUGAUUAUUGCCGGUGAUCGGUAUGCGCUCACCGAAAAGGAGAACAACAUGUACGCCAUCGAAAUGAUUUUGCAUAUUCGGCGACUGCAGUCGACCGACUUUGGCGGCUACAAAUGCAUCUCGAAGAACAGCAUUGGGGAUACCGAGGGAACUAUACGAUUGUAUGAAAUGGAACGUCCGGGCAAAAAAACGCAACGCGAGGAGGAUCUUAAUGAAGUGACGAAGAACGAGGUGGUGCUGAAGGAGAACCGGCACGAGGAUGGGUCACGCAAUCAGAAUGGUCGCCUGUACAAGGACCGCAGCCAGGAGGCGGACAUCGGCAGCGGAGCAGCCGCCGCCGCACAAACGGGCCUGGGGCCAGCAAAUGGAACUGGAACAGGAACAGGCAUGGGCAGCGGAAUUUUCGUCCAGAGUCGAAAGAUCAACGACAAGGACAAUGGGCAUGGCCAGCCGGUGCCAGGGCAGUAG